GCUGUUGCUGUGGCCGCUGACAGCGACGACAUCAAUGUCGGGCCACGUGUCACUGCCAGCUGACGCAGAAAUCCCCAGCGGACAGCAGCAGCAGCAGCAGCUGCCCAAUGGAGAUUCGUGGGGCAAUCAAUUGCCGGAUAUGCUAGUCGCUUACUAUCGCCAGCAUGCCGUGCACAGUCUGAUGCUCGUUGUUUGUCACGCGGACAUUGAUGCGCCACGUUUGCAUUCGCUCGUGCAGCAUUUUAUGGCGCAGGACAUCUAUGUGCAAGUCUGGACGGAGCACUGUCUGACUGAUCUCAAACAUGUCAGCAACGAGACGGACAGUACAUCUAUUGCACCGCCACCACGCAGCUUCCAUGCGAAUAAUGAAACCCACUGGCAGUUGGCAUUUGUGCUGCCCGCCCUUCACAAUAAGUUGGGCAUUCUGCUGCUGCAGUUCCACAGUCCGUGUGCGUUGAACCUGUUACGCUGGUCAGCGGCCACGGAGCAUAACUACUUCACGACCAAUCGAUUUUGGCUGCUGCUCACACAGGAUCUGCAGGAUCUGAGCCUGCUGGAAGACGAGGAAAUCUUUAUACCACCCGACAGCGAAUUGCGUGUGCUCUGGCAUAGUGCAGACGCGCCCUUCACUGCAUCCCUGCUAGACGUCUACAAGGUGGCCGCCUUCAAGCCGCCAAAGAUUCGUUUGAUCGGCCAACAGCUGCACAACUCUCGGCACAUUAUCCAUGCGCUGCAACAGUUCGGCUCAGCGAUCACCUACAGACAGAAUCUGGAGGGCAUUGUCUUCAAUACUGGCAUUGUUAUUGCCUUUCCAGAUCUAUUUACCACCGUCGAAGAUCUCUCCCUGCGACAUAUCGAUACCAUCUCUAAAGUCAACCAUCGCCUCAUGCUCGAACUGGCCAAUCGCCUGAACGUGAGCUAUAACACUUACCAAACCGUCAAUUAUGGCUGGCGCCAGCCAAACGGCUCCUUUGACGGCCUAAUGGGUCGCUUUCAGCGCUACGAACUGGACUUUGCUCAGCUGGCGAUCUUUAUGCGUCUGGAUCGGCUUGCCCUCUGUGACUUUGUGGCCGAAACGUAUCGCGUGAGAGCUGGCAUCAUGUUUCGCCAGCCGCCGCUGUCAGCAGUGGCCAACAUCUUCUCGAUGCCGUUUCAGCUAGAUGUUUGGAUCUCCAUAAUCGUGCUGGUGAUCAUAACUAUUUUGGUGAUGCUAUUGGAAAUGCUCUUCUCGCCGCACACACAUAAGAUGUCCUAUAUGGAUUCGCUUAACUUUGUCUGGGGCGCCAUGUGCCAGCAGGGAUUCUAUGUGGAUGUGCGCAAUCGUUCGGGAAGGAUCAUAGUCUUUACCACAUUCGUGGCCGCCGUGUUCUUGUUCACCUCCUUUUCGGCAAAUAUUGUAGCUCUGUUGCAGAGUCCCUCGGAUGCGAUUCAAACGCUGGGAGACUUGGGACAAUCACCUCUGGAAAUAGGCGUGCAGGAUACACAAUAUAACAAAAUCUACUUUACAGAGUCCACUGAUCCGGUGACAAAGAGUUUAUAUCACAAAAAGAUUGCACCGAAGGGCGAUUAUGUUUACAUGCGCCCCGCUCUGGGCAUGGAGAAAAUGCGCACGGGGCUGUUCGCCUAUCAGGUAGAGCUGCAAGCGGGCUAUCAAAUUGUCUCGGAUACAUUUAGUGAGCCGGAGAAAUGCGGACUUAUGGAGCUGGAACCCUUCCAGCUGCCUAUGCUGGCCAUACCAACACGCAAGAACUUUCCCUACAAGGAGCUAUUCCGCAGGCAAUUACGCUGGCAGCGCGAGGUCAGCCUGGUGAACCGAGAGGAUCGCAAGUGGAUACCACAGAAACCGAAGUGUGAGAGCGGCGUUGGUGGGUUUGUGUCCAUUGGCCUCACCGAAUGCCGUUACGCAUUUGGCAUCUUUGGCUAUGGUAUCGCACUUAGCUUUGCUGUGUUCCUCACCGAGCUAAUCCGCAAGCACAGCAAAGGCAUCUACAAGAUUUUUAAGAGUUCUAGAGGCAUGCAAGAUUAAGCUGCAAACAG